GAGGAUGGGGAGAGGCAGGAUCUGGCCCCAGUGUGUCCCCACAUGCUCCCGCUGCAGGCACGGGGGCUGGAGGGUGGCCAAGGCUCCGCCGCCAGCUCCACCCGGCCGGACUCUGCCCCGUCCCUCCCCUUGGCUCAGCUCCUGGCGGCGCGAGGGGAACGGGGACAGGGACAGGGACGGGGACGAGGAUGGACAUGGCUGCCCUGAGCCAGCCCCACCAGGCAUCCUAUGACGCCAUCGUCAUCGGGGCUGGCAUCCAGGGAUCCUUCGCCGCCUACCACCUGGCGCAGCGUCACAGGGACACACUCCUGCUGGAGCAGUUCGUCCUGCCCCACUCGCGGGGCAGCUCGCACGGGCAGAGCCGCAUCACCCGCAGCGCCUACCCGCAGGCGCACUACGCCCGCAUGAUGCCCGACAGCUUCCACCUCUGGCAGAGGCUGGAGGCCGAGGCCGGCACCAGCCUCUACAGGCAGACGGGGCUGGUGGUGCUGGGGCCAGCGGGCGACCCGGAGCUGGAGGGCUGCCGGCGCGGCGCGGGGCCCGGUGACACCCUCGACGCCACGGCGCUGGCACAGCGCUUCCCCGGCCUCCGGCCCCGUGCCGGGGAUGUGGCCCUGUGGGACGGCAGCGGCGGGGUGCUCCGGGCGGACCGGGCGCUGCGGGCAGUGCAGGUGGGUGCCACCGUGGGGACGGGGACAGGGUGGGUGCCCCCAUCUCCAUCCCCGCAGCCACCUCCCGCUGUCCGCACCCAGGACGUGUUUCGCCGGCACGGGGGCACCCUGCGUGAUGGGGAGAAGGUGCUGCGCAUCCAGCCUGGUGCUGUGCUCACCGUCACCACCACCGCCGGGGUGUACCGAGCCCCCCGGCUCAUCAUCGCGGCCGGAGCCUGGACCAGUGCCGUGCUGGCACCGCUGGGCCUCCGCCUGCCGCUGCAGCCCCUGCGCAUCGACGUGUGCUACUGGAGGGAGAAGGAGCCUGGCAGCCACGGCGCGGGCACAGCCACCCCCUGCUUCAUGAUGCUGGGGCUGCCCGAGGCUCCCCAUGGCAUCUACGGGCUGCCUGCCCUCGAGUACCCCGGGCUGGUCAAGGUGUGCUACCACCACGGCAGCCCCGUUGACCCCGAGGAGAGGGACCGGGCUCCCCCGGGCACCCCCCGCCCCAACAUUGCCCUCCUGAGCAGCUUCAUCAGCAGCUACCUGCCUGGGCUGGAGCCGCAGCCGGCCGUGCUGGAGACCUGCCUGUACACGAACACCCCAGAUGGAGACUUCAUCCUGGACCGGCACCCCAAGCACAGCAACAUCGUCAUCGGGGCCGGCUUCUCGGGCCACGGGUUCAAGCUGGCACCGGUGGUGGGGAAGCUGCUGUGCGAGCUGAGCCUGGGCGAGGAGCCGUCCCACAGCACGGCCCCCUUCGCCAUCGGCCGCUUCCCCGGCGUGCUCCGGGCUGCGCUGUAGGUGCUUACACCCCGGUGUGUCUAUCCCUGCAUCCCAAAGUGCCGACACCUCUGGCUCCCUGCAUCCUGGCAUCCCCACAGCCUGGUAUCCCGAUACCCUGCAUCCCCACAUCCCCACACCCCACCGCCCAGCACCUGGCACCCCUCCAUCCCAGCAGCCCCAUACCCCAGCUUUCUGGUCCUCUGCACCCCAGUGACCCUACAUCCUGGUCCCCUGCAUCCCAGCAUCACUAUAUACUGUUCCCUGCCUCCCAGUGUCCCUAUAUCCUGGUCUCCUGCACCCCAGUGUCCCUGUAUCCUAGUCCCUGCCUCCCAGUGUCCCUAUAUCUUGGUCCCCUGCAUCCUAGAAUCCCUAUAUCCUGGUUUCUGCCUCCCAGUGUCCCUAUAUCCUGGUCCCUGCCUCCCCGCACCCCCCAUGCCACGCGUGCCAGCCCAGCUCUGCCAAGCACCCGUUCCCCGGAAGCUUUGUCAGCCUCACGGAGCUGGAAGAGCGCGGCGAGACACACUCACUUAGGAGUCAAGUUAAAUGUUUUAAUGUUAAAUGUGCCAUUUUAUUAUCAUUAGAUCGCUCCCACUUAAUGAAAGCGCAUUAGCGCAGCGUGGCUGUAACAGCAGUGAGCGCCGAGCUCGGCCCAUUUGUUUUGAAGAGAUGCUGGGGGGGAUCGGAACGGGAUAGUUGGUGGGGGUCCCGGGGG